AUGAGGAAUUUCCCGAAAAGUUGUUGCGAUGGUUACAAUGCUGCCAACGUUGUUGCUGCCGUCAGACACACUGGUUGGAUACAUGUCCCUUGCUUUGCACACACCCUGAAUCUAGUGGUUUCUGAGGCAAUUAAGGCUGACACAAAGAUCCAUCAGCUUAGAAAGAGCUGCAGGGACAUUGUGAGCUUUUUCCACCACAGCGUUAAGGCCUCAAAAAAGCUGAAGGAGAUACGACUGCAGCUGGGAAUUCCUGAGAACAAAUUCAUCCAAGAAGUGGAAACCAGAUGGAACUCAACUUACUUAAUGUUUGAACUCAUCACGGAGCAACAUCAAGCCAUUACCACAGCACUUUGUCUCUCUGGUCGUAAUGCAAUGUGUCUUUCAUCUUCUGAUGCAACAACCAAAGAGAUGUCUGCAGACAAGCAUGUCUCCAUUUCUAAGGUGACACGUCUGGCGAAAUCACUACAGCGUUUGACUGGUGAGAUUACAGAAAAGGACACACCCCUGGUUUCCAACCUUAGUUACCAGAUGAGACGCCGCUUCACAAAUAUCGAAAGCGCUCGCAUGCUGGCGAUGUCGACCUUACUGGAUCCCCGAAUGAAGAAAUUGGCGUUCAAUGACUCGGCAGCCGUGAGACAGGCAGAGCAGUGGGUUGUUCAGGAGAUGUCAGGGCAUAUCCAGACUAAUGAUUCCAAUGAAGAUAGGCAGCCCAGUAAUACAACUGAAGCAGCUGGGCUGUGGGAUCUCUUCGACACAGUGGUCAAGCAAUUAACAUCACAAAGAACCUCAACCAGCAAUGUAACACUGGAAGCCAGAAAGUAUUUUGAAGAACCAGUGCUGGCAAGACUCCAAGAUCCCUUACUGUGGUGGAUGGAGAAUGAGCGAUACUAUGAACUUAUCGCAAAAAUUGCGAAGAAGUAUCUUUGCAUCCCUGGAACAUCUGUUCCCGCCGAAAGGGUGUUCUCUAAAGCAGGGGAACUAGUCUUCAUGAGGCGUAAUCGGCUGAAGCCAAAGAAUGUGAACAUGUUCUUGUUUUUAAACAAAAAUAUCUAA